CCGGGGCUCCAGCCUCCCCCUGAGCCCGGAGACCGCCCGGGAGCUUCCGCCCGCCGCGGCCGGAGUCCUCGCCCGCCGUGGAUGCUGACCCCUCCUUCCUCAGUACUAGGAGGGGGCUGGGCAGCCCUCGUGCCCCUGAACCAGACCCUGUCAGCAUUCAGGAGCCGCCCCCUGAGCCCCGGGCCAGGUGGCCUACCAGGAACCUGCACCCGCCUCUGUUCUGUUAGUCUCUAGUCCAUCCUUUGCCCCAGGGCUGGGGGCCCCCACUCAUGAUGAGCCCUUGCCCACACCUUGACUCCCACCAAGCUGGAAAUCCCCAUUUUCCCGGAUGACCUGCACCAACUCUAGGAUUCUUUUCUUGAAGACCCUGGACCAGAUUCCUGUGCCCCAAACCUGGAAACCAUGGGCCUGCCCUUCCCUGGCACCCCAAAUCAAGAGCCUCCUUGUUGGGCCCCUGAAAUACCACGCUUUGAGUUUCACCCUGACUCCCAAACCUGGGAUAUGUCCUGGCCCUGGGACCCAUGCUGGGAGCCCUCAAUCAACCCCUGGGCUCCUGCCCCCCAAAGCCUCCAGCUCCCAGCUCCUACCUGGUUUCGGUUUGUGAUUCAUCACACCCUGUGAUUCAUCAAACCCGUCCUGCUCUGCCGGGAGGGGGAGGGUGGAGGGGCCAGGUGAGCAGCUGUCAGCCGCGGGAAGCAGCUGCGUGGGCUGGCUUGGCCCUCUCCCCAGGGCACGGAGGGAGGAAGGGCCUGAGCCCAGUAAGCCCUGAGCCCCGUGUUCUGGAACAGAACCUGGAAAACGAUGAGGAUGGAGCCCAGGCGCCUCCGGAGCCAGAUGGGGGAGUCAGCACCAGGGAUUCUGGCCGAACAUCCGUCCGCAGCUCCCAGUGGUCCUUUAGCACCAUCAGCAAUAGCACCCAGCGCUCCUACAAUGCCUGCUGCAGCUGGACUCAACACCCUUUGAUCCAGAAGAACCGAAGGGUAGUGCUGGCCUCCUUCCUGCUGCUGCUGCUGGGGCUGGUGCUGAUCCUGACCGGCGUGGGACUGGAGGUGGCCCCCGAAAACGUGAGUGCCAUUAAGGGACUUGGCCUGGCCUAG